UUGCGUAGGACCAUUUCGUGUUGUGGGUGGAGGCGUACCAAAGGGGAUGAGGAAUUAAUUUUCUCACAUAAUAAAAAAUAUCAUCAUUGUCUUUGCCGCGCAGUUUGAAAUAGGUGCCUCUUGCUGGCUCAGUGUGAUAUUGCUGGGGUGUCCGAGUUGUUGGGGAUACGUGUUAGGUCUCUGCUCAGCAUACAUUCAGGAAAUGUCACAGCGAUCAAUCACAUCAUUCUUCUCUCCAAAGGCCAAGAAACCAGACAAUGUUGAGAAAAGCCAGUCUAAAACACCAGAGAAGAAGCAGUGCAAGGAUGGAAAUUUGUCUGAUGAACCAGAUGGUGAUUCACCCAUCAAACAGAUCAGGAAACGCAGGCCGAUGAUUGAAAGCGACUCAGAGGGGGAAAGAAGUCCAAUGAAGAGCGACGGAGAUGGCCAAGCCAGGAACGGCUCCCCCAAGAAGCAGGUCAAAACCGAAGCUGCGGCCCCUGUCAAGCAGGAGUCCUCCCCGCCGGUCUCCGCCGCGAAAAACGGCAAGGCACCGCUCCGGAAGACCGCGAGGAAGAGUGCCGUUGGUAGCGUGUCCACGGAGGCCAAGCAGAAGAGCCUUCUGGGGAAGAUGAAGUCCACAAGUCCCAAGACGGCCACUGCUGACCGCGACGAGCAGGCCAAGUCCUCCAGUCCUGAGCCUGACGCCGAGGACGCCGCCUCUUUGUCUCCGAAAGCCUCCCCGAAGGAGACGUCGAAGCCGCUGCCGUCCGACUCGACCGUUUCCUCUAGCCGUCGGCUGAAUGACAAGGACGGUGACGGCGACAGCAAGACUUCGAAGCCCGGUGGCCGGGCGACGAAGGCAAAGGCGGUCGGGAAGGGGAAGGCGGGGGGCAAGGGGAAGACAGAGGUGAAAGGAAAGAGCGAGGCAAAGGGGAGGAAGCGGAAAAGUGACAGUGACGCCGGCACGAGGAACAAGAAGGAGCGGUGUUCCGGUUCGGCUAGCGAGGAGGACGAAGCGGCCGAGGGGGACGGGGCCGGCCCGGAGGCCGAGCAGCCGGCAGAAGUGAAACAGGAAGCGGCAGUGAAGCGUGAAGAGGCUGAUGACGAGGAUGCAACAACCAAAUCCAAGGGCUCAAAAGACGUGAAAAAGGAGGGGCCAAUGACUGGAAUAUUCGGCCUUUCGAACAAGUCAGAUUCGAACGGCCAAGCCAAGACCGACGGUAACGAGUACGACCCGUCGAAAAAGAAGUAUCACCCGGUGAAAGACGCGAUAUGGAAUGCCGGGCAAAAGGUGCCGUACCUGGCGCUGGCGCGCACGUUCGAGCUGAUCGAGAGUACCAGCGCGCGCCUCAAGAUGAUCGACAUCCUCUGCAACUACCUGCGCUCGGUGGUGGCGCUCAGUCCAGACGACCUGCUGCCCUCCGUGUAUCUGUGCCUCAACCGGCUGGCGCCCGCUUACCAUGGCAUCGAGCUCGGCAUCGGCGAGGGCGCCAUCACGAAGGCGGUGGCGCUGUCCACGGGCCGAACCGUGGACAAGGUGCGCGCCGAGGCGGGCGAGCGCGGCGAUCUGGGCCUGGUGGCCGAGGCCAGCAAGACCCGCCAGAGGCUGAUGUUCCGGCCGGCGCCGCUCACCGUGGCCGGCGUGUUCCGCGCGCUGUGCCAGAUCGCCGAGAUGACCGGGCACGCGGCGAUGAACAAGAAGGUGGAGAAGAUGCAGUCGUUGAUGGUGGCCUGCCGGCACGCCGAGACACGCUUCAUCGUCCGCUCCCUGAGUGGCAAGCUCAGGAUCGGCCUGGCCGAGCAGUCAGCCCUUCAGGCACUGGCCCAGGCCGAGUGCCCGACCUAUGACGAGAUCGUGCCGGUGCUGCUGGAGCACGGACUGCAGAAGCUGCCCGAACACUGCCGCAUCCGGGCCGGUGUGCCGCUCAAGCCCAUGCUGGCCCACCCCACCAAGGGCGUGUCGGAGGUGCUGUCGCGGUUCGAGGGCGCCCAGUUCACCUGCGAGUACAAGUACGACGGCGAGCGCGCGCAAAUUCACCUGCUGGAGGACGGCUCGAUACAUGUCUACAGCCGGAACCAGGAGGACAACACCACCAAGUACCCGGACAUCAUUUCUCGCUUCAAGGCUUGCCUCACUGGCGAUGUCAGCUCGUGCAUCCUGGACUCGGAGGCGGUGGCGUGGGACACCGAGCAGAAGCAGAUCCUGCCGUUCCAGGUGCUCAGCACACGCAAACGCAAGGACGCCGGCUCGUCGGAGAUCAAGGUGCAGGUGUGCGUGUUCGCGUUCGACUUACUGUUCCUCAACGGGGAGUCCCUCGUCACCCAGUCGUUCGAGCACAGGAGAGAGAGGCUACGCAACAGCUUCAAGGAGGUGGAGGGUCAAUUCACGUUUGCCAAGAGCAUGGACUCAACCAAUGUGGAAGACAUAGCUGAGUUUUUGGAUGAGUCUGUGAAAGGCAACUGCGAGGGCCUGAUGGUCAAGACGCUGGACAGAGACGCCACGUACGAGAUCGCCAAACGGUCGCGCAACUGGCUCAAGCUCAAGAAGGACUAUCUGGACGGUGUGGGCGACACGAUCGACGUGGUGGUGCUCGGCGGCUUCCUCGGCAAAGGCAAGCGAACGGGCGGCUACGGGGGCUUCCUGCUCGCCUGCUACGACCCCGACAACGAGGAGUUUCAGAGCAUCUGCAAGAUCGGCACCGGGUUCUCGGAGGAGGACCUCCAGAAGCACUCUGCCUUCUUCAAGGACCACAAGAUCGACGCUCCCAAGUCUUACUACCGGUACUCAAUCGAGCCCGACCACUGGUUCGACGCCGCUCAGGUGUGGGAGAUCAAGUGCGCCGACCUCUCCAUCUCACCCGUGCACAAGGCCGCGCUGGGCAUCGUUGACCCGGAGCGCGGCAUUUCGCUGCGCUUCCCGCGCUUUCUGCGCGUGCGCGACGACAAGACGCCAGAGCAGGCCACCUCCGCGCAGCAGAUCGCCGACAUGUACAACAGCCAGGACCAGGUGAAAAACCAGACGUCCAGCAAGGCGGCUGACGAAGAGGAGUUCUACUAGGCCGCGGCGAAGUCCGGCGGGAGAGGUUGGUCUCCUUCCACGAGACUGCCGCGACCAACAACCGUGUGGCGGCUCCCCGCCCGUCACGGAGGUGACGAAGCCCCGCCAGCACACCGUGACGCGGCCGUGACGGCGUAGCGUCACGGGAGUGUGCCUAGAGCUGUGUCACGGCAAUGUGACGGGCCUGCGCUGCGAUGCCGUGACAGAGGCGGCGCGUGCGGGGGAUGUCUCCUGGCCUGCGCUGCGGUGCUGUGACAGAGGCGGCGCCUGCCAGGGUGACGUCGCCCGGUCCGGUACCUGAGUCGCCUCGUCUAGCCGGGCCGCGUGAGCACCGCCGUCGCAGGCACUCAGCCCCGAUAGGCGGGCCUGCUGUGGCCGGACACUGGGACGCAGCCGUGCAGGGUCUCUCGGACGUGCUGCAGUCGGCCCUGGGACCGGCCGGCCGCACGGGCUCGGGCUACAAGCGGUGUACAAGCGAUGCUUCUGCGCGUGUUGAAGUCGUUUUGUAAUUCGUUUUAAUUGACGCCUGACUGGUGUGAAAUGAAUGACGCGAUGGCCGCCGUCGCGUGUUGGUUUUCGGACAUGGUUCUUUGAAAUACACGUGAUGUUUGUUAUC